GUGCACCUGAGAAACACACGAGACCGCGCACUUCACAAGAGACCACCGCAAAAGACAGACCAACCUGAAGUUGCAGGCAGCUGAAGUGGAUCCACAGAGACUCUACUGAGGUGCAAAUGGCCGCAGAUGCCGUGGAGGAGCUCAGGCAACAGUGCCUUAAGAGAGGCGCGGCGGGAAUCAAGGGUCUUGGAAGAACGUUUCGCAUUAUGGACGAUGAUGGCAGUAAAUCUCUAAACUUCCAGGAGUUUGAGAAGGGGCUGAAGGACUAUGGCGUGUCUGUGGGGAAGGAUAAGGCACAGCAGAUCUUUGCCAUGAUGGACAAGGAUGGAAGCGGCACUAUCAACUUUGAUGAGUUUCUUGAGAAACUAAGGCCACCCAUGUCGAGUGCACGGAAGCAGGUGAUCGAUCAGGCUUUUCAGAAGUUUGAUAAGACAGGAGACGGCGUUGUGACCGUAGCAGAUCUACAGGGUGUCUACAACAGCAAACAUCACCCAAAAUACAAGAGCGGAGAGUGGACGGAAGAACAAGUUUUCCACUCCUUCCUAGAAAAUUUCGACUCUCCGUGUGACAAAGAUGGAAAGGUGACGCUGGAAGAGUUUGUGAACUAUUACAGCGGAGUCAGUGUUUCUAUUGACAGCGAUGAGUAUUUCAUUACCAUGAUGAAGAACGCAUGGAAGCUGUAGUCAUCAUCAUCAUCAUCUCUGAUGCGCUCCCAAAUCAGUUUUGACGCAUUCGUUUUGUUAUUAGAAGAAAAACUACUGAAAUUGCUCAGAUUGCACACUGUUUACUUGUCUAAUUAAACGUCUUUGGUUUCUACAUCUUGCCUUGAUGUUUCACACACUGCUUGUUUCCAGAAGACGAAAUGAACGCAUGUGAAUCUUGACCGGGACUCGAGUUAACGGCGUGACAGCUGUCAAAACCAGGCCUUGUAAGACGUCCGCUUCAAAGAGCGUAAUUGAGUCCUCUGACAAACACUCUUCAAUCACAUGAUAAAUCGCGCCAGCUGUUUAGGCUGUAAACUUGUGCAUCGAUUCAUUUUAUGCAGUAUAUGUGCUGUAGAGUCAGAUGAUCACAAGCGCCUGUGUUUGCUGCGCCAUCUGCUGAACAUUCACAACAUCACACUAUUAAACAUAAAAAAAGAACAACCUAAAGAUUAGGAGAGUAAGAUUUUAUACUUGAUACAUUUAUUCAUCAAGGACGCAAUAAGUGACAGUAAAUAUGUUAUAAUGUUACAAAAAGUCUAUUUCAAAUAAAUGCGGUUUUUGAACGUUCUAUUCAUCAAAGAAUCAUUAAAAAUAAAAUGUAUCACAGUUUCCACAAAAAUAUGAAGCAGCACAACUGUUUUAAACAUUGAUGCAUUGUUGAGCAGCAAAUCGGCAUAUUAGAAUGAUUUCUGAAGUAUAAUGUGACACUCAAGACUGGAGUAAGGAUGCUGAAAAUUCAGCUUUGA